GAUCCCACUGCCACCCUACUGCCACCCCAGUGCCACCACAUCCCUGUGCAUCAUCCCACUGCCACCCUACUGCCACCCCAGUGCCACCGCGUCCCUGUGCAUGAUCCCACUGCCACCCUACUGCCACCCCAGUGCCACCGCGUCCCUGCCCACCUCACCCCAGUGCCACCUCAGUGCCAUCAUAUCAUUGUACCGGAUCCCAGUGCCACCUCAGUGCUGCCAUGUCCCUGUCCCCCUUAUCCCUGUGUCACCCCAGUGCCACCCCAUCCCUGCACACAUCAUCCCAGUGCCACCCUAAUGCCACUCCAGUGCCACCAUGACCCUGUGCGUGAUCCCAGUGCCAUCCCAGUGCCACCAUGUCCCUGUGCAUGAUCCCAGUGCCAUCCCAGUGCCACCAUGUCCCUGCCAACCUCAUCCCGGUGCCAUCAUGUCAUUGUACCUGAUCCCAGUGCCACCUCAGUGCUGCCAAGUCCCUGCCCCCCUUAUCCCAGUGUCACCCCAGUGCCACCACAUCCCUGUGCGUCAUCCCAGUGCCACCCUGUCCCUGUGCGUGAUCCCAGUGCCACUGUGUCCCACCUCAUCUCGGUGCUUUGUCCCUGCACAUGAUCCCAGUGCCACCAUGUCCCUGUGCAUGAUCCCAGUGCCAUCUCAGUGCCACCAUGUCCCACUGCCACCUCAUCCCCGUGCCAUCAUGUCAUUGUACCCGAUCCCACUGCCACCUCAGUGCUGCCAAGUCCCUGCCCCCCUUAUCCCAGUGUCACCCCAGUGCCACCCUGUCCCUGUGCGUGAUCCCAGUGCCACUGUGUCCCACCUCAUCCCGGUGCUUUGUCCCUGCGCAUGAUCGCAGUGCCACCAUGUCACUGUACCUCAUCCCAGUGCCACCCCAUCCCUGCCCGCUUUAUCCUGACAGCCCCACUCUUGCUGGGGUGGCACCAUGGGGGGGCUGAACCCUCUCCCCCCCCGCAGUGAUUUCGGAUAUUACCGCCCUGAGAACCAGUCUGUGUGCGUGGAGCAGCCCGAGCUGAAGGGCCACGACUUGGAGUUCUGCCUCUACGGCCGCCGCGAGCUGCUGCGCACCAGCGGGUACCGCAAGAUUCCUGGGGACAAAUGCAGGGGAGGGGAGAGCCCCAGCAGGGAGGAGACGGACAUGAAGAAGAAGUGCACCAGCACUCUGCUGAGCCCCGGGCAGCUGGCGACGUCCCCCAGCCCCACACCCAUCGUGCUGGCCGUGGUGGCCGUGCUGCUCGUUAGUGCUGUGGCCGGAGUGCUGCUCGUCAAGAAAUACGUCUGCGGUGGGAGGUGGGUCUCUUUGGGGUCCCCGUGACUCUGUGGGCUUCCU